CUAUUGUGCGACGUUAGGGGGCACUAUGUGCCAAAUGUUGUGCUUGCACUCCAGUUUGAAGGAUUAUUACGACUCUGCAGUAGUUGCGCCGUAAACAUAAAUACGGUGACGUCGCGUGCCGUGAGCGCGUCACGGGGUCGCGACACCGGCCUGUGGACGCCGAGCUCGCAGCCUCGCACACACGGAGAGAGACCGCGCGAUCGCACAGCCCUCUCACUCAUACCUCAACACACAGCUUCCUCGUCACACUCAGCCUCACCAUCACACACAGCCCUCCCACUCAGCCUCAUCACACACAGCCCGCUCACGUCCGCCUCCUCCUCACUCUCGGAGACCACCGAUCUCACGGUGGUGCCGCUGCCGCCGCCGCCGCUGCUGCUUCCCGAGUCCCGGGCCUUGCCGCGACCGCCUGCCAUGGAGGAACCGGCUGCUGGCUGUGGACUGGUGUUCGUGUGGCGGCGGUGGCGUCGUCACGAUGGAGAGUUCGUGCCACAAGCACUCGGGACACCGCUCGUCCGCCAGCCUGUGCAGCAGGCCCUCAUCGGCACGGAGCAUGGCCUCCUGCUCACCACAGCUGGUGAGGUUUUCUUUCUCAAAAAUGUGACCCAGGGUUUGGAAGGAGAUGACGAUUCCACAUUAACACCUCGAGAAGAAGCCACGAGAAACCUCGGAGAAAAAUAUCCGCGAUCGUCGGACUCGAGCUCUGCAGAUAACACUGACGUUCCGCUAAGCGGAACACAACUCGGCUCAUUGGAUGUAAACCUGCACGCUGCAGCAGUUGCUCCCAAAAAUGCCAAGACACAAGGAGAGGAGGACAGCGCCGCUUCAGCCAAUCCAGCCUCUGAACCGUCGGAGGAUUGUCAGCAGCCUGGGCCUACGGACGGUGCCGACGUGUGGGACAUCGCUCCGGUGAGGGCCUUGCUCGGGAAGGUCGUCCUGAGCGUGGCGGUGGGGCGGACCCACUGCGGCGCUGUGUGCGCGGGCGGAGUGCCCUUCAUGUGGGGGUGCAACACCCACGGCCAGUGUGGCAGGAGCGCGCCCGACAUCAUCGGCAGUCCCGCUCCGGUGCCCACGCUCGAAGCGGGCCCUGGCCAAGAGGCGCCGCCGCUGGUCGACGUGGCCCAGCUGGCCUGCGGGGACGCCUUUACGCUGGCCCUCUCGCUUCACGGAGAAGCGUGGGAGUGGGGCGGCGUGCCAGGCAGGAGCGGCGGCAGUGACGGUGGCAGCGGCAAGGCGGCGGUGGUGCCGCCGCGUGCGGUGGAGGCGCUGCGCAGUGUCUGUGUGGUGCAGGUGGCGUGCGGUGCGCAGCACUGUCUCGCACUGGCACGGCGAGCACGGAGUACAGUGGCGGCAGCGGUGGCCGGCCCCGAGCCCGACACAUGUGUCCACUGCAGGCAACUGUUGGUGACCAUGACGGACGCAGCGGAUCACGUGGUCAUUUCCGACGAGCACCACUGCCUCGCGUCGGAAGCAGCGACGGCAUCCAAUCAGUGCGGCGGCGAGACUGAGAGGGGUGUCAUUCGUGCCCAUUAUGAUAGCUCUCUGCCCGAGGAGAGCAAGGUCCCAGUGCAGAUGGCUGAGGACAUCCUAGAGUCACAGAGCCGGCCGGUUGAGGUGGAGACGUGCAGCUUGGGCCGUGGGGAGGGGUCUCGGGUGAGGAGGAGUGUGGAGGCGGAGGAGGGCGAGGGCGGCGGGCGCAAGUGCCUGAGCCUGGUGGACGUGCGCGCUGUUCGUGAGGAGUGCUCGCGCCGCCUCUCCCUGCCCGGCCUGGUUCAGGGCCUGGCCCACGUGUCGCGCUUUGCAAGAAAGGCCGAUGGCAUCAGAGAGGGCGCCCGGCCAGGCCCCGCAACGCUGCCCAGCUCCCCCGAGGCCGAGUGGGCCUCAAGUCUGCCGUGCCUGCAGACUGAGCUGUGGAGCUGGGGCCGUGGGCUCGAGGGCCAGUUGGGUCACGGAGACUUCAACCCCAGGGCAGAGGCCGAGUGUGUGAAGACGCUGAGCGGACAGGAGAUGGUGAAGGUGGUGGCUGGAGGUUAUCACUCCAUGGCUCUUACCAGCACGGGACAGGUUUGGUUGUGGGGCUGCAACUCUCGGGGCCAUCGUGGCCAAGCGAGCUCCUCUCCGUCGUUGCCUCGCUUGCUCAUGGGCCCCCCUGCCCAGGAGGUUUGGGACCUCUCGGCUGGAGACUUUGGCUCCCUGCUACUCUGCGACGGGCCUGGACACUGCCCACGGCUCUUCCACAUGGGAGGGGAGCCCACGCUCGCGAGCGCUGCCGUCAUCCCCGUACCAGAGCAGGUUGGCCACGUGUUCAGCGUGUCGCUGAGUGGGAACGUCUUCGUGUCUCUGUCGGACGGGGGCCCCUCUUUCUCCUCCGCCACCGCUGCCGCCGCCCCUGAGGGGUUUGUGGCUGCCCUGCAUGAGUUAUCGGCUACGGAGCGCGCCUGCUACCGCGAGCUGCGAGCAGUCAAGACUCAUGUGCUCAAGCCUCUGCUGAACUCAGAUGCAGCUGCGGCGCUCCGAGGGUCCCCGGUGGAGGCUGCCUUCCGGGCUGUCGUCGACACCUUCCGCAGCACCUGCUGGCUGCUGGGCCAGCACGGGGCCAGCCUGGGCACGUUCCUGGGCAGCAGGCGCGACGUGGGAGACCUCUUCGUCGUCUCCCAACUCGCAACCCACACGCAGACGUUUCAGAAGUACUUCUCAUCCUUCACCAACCUGCUGGUGUUGGAUGGAAUUGAAGUAAUUUCCCGCAUAGCCGGGGAGUGCCUAAAAGUUGGUUUGCAAGCACUCAAACAGUCGGCGGAAGGACAAGCGAAUGGGCGAGCGGAUGAGGCAUCGUUGGCCGACGGGCUGCUGCGGCUUCUCUCGCGGCCGGGAGACAGAGCCCAGGAGUACGCGAGGCUCACCAAGCAGAUGUGUGGCAGCUUCCCUGGGGGGAGCACUGAGUGGCAGAGCCUGCACAAGGUCUCCAGCUGCUGGGCCGCGCUUGCCGCGUCGCUGGCUCGUGAGCGCGCCGCGGCCGACCGCACACGGCUCUUCUGGGCGGCCUGCUCUUCCAAGCUCACGGAAUCUCUGCGCAGGCCGGAGAGGCGCUUGGUGCGGGAGUCGCGCAGCUGUCCGCUCGCCCUGCACCACACGGCUCGCUUCUCUUUCCACUGGUUCAUCCUGUUCAACGAUGCCUUCAUCCACGCCCAGUUCUCCAGCCAUCAGGUGUUCCCACUCAGCACCGUGUGGGCCGAGCUGUUCUCUGACGAAGACGCCACGAGACACACGCUGAGGAUAAUCACACCGGAGGAGCAGCUCUUGCUCGUCACACCAGAUGCCAAGGGCAAGACGGAAUGGCUGUGGGCGCUGAACGACACGAUCGAGCGCGCGCUCUCCAGCGCGGAUGGGUGGAUGCAUAAGGGGGGCACAGCGCUGGUCCUGGGCACCCCACCCCACCACGGGUGGGGGGGGGCGCCUCCUGCUGCGCGCACUGCCGUGCACACCUUCUACCGUGACGUGCGGCUCAAGCACGCCACCUAUGAGGGUGCCUGGGUGUGCGGCAAGCCACAUGGCCGGGGAGUGCUCAAGUGGCUCGAUGGACGAGUGUAUGUCGGCGUAUUCCGCAAUGGCCUGGAGGAUGGGUUCGGAGAGCUCUGUGUGCCGAACCAGCUUCUGGGAAAGGAUGAUGUUUAUUGUGGCCAGUGGAAAGCAGCCCGAAUGCAUGGGCAAGGUGCCAUAAGGUACGCGAACGGGGAUGUGUACGAAGGCGGCUUCAGUAACGGAGCUCGGCAUGGGCACGGGGUGCUCCGCAGCGGCUCCCACACCUCCACCUCCUCCAGCCUCUACAUCGGCCAGUGGGCCAACGACUGCAAGUGUGGCUACGGUGUGUUCGACGACAUCACAAGAGGCGAGAAGUACAUGGGCAUGUGGAUGAACGAUUGUCGCCACGGUAACGGGGUGGUAGUGAGUCAGUUUGGACUUUACUACGAGUGUGUCUUCAGCAGCAACAGGAUGGUGGGUCAGGGUGUCUUGCUGUCGGAAGACGACACGCGCUACGAGGGGGAGUUCACAGCCGACCUCGCCCUCAAUGGAAAGGGCGUGCUGACGCUGCCCAACGGGGACGCCAUCGAGGGCUCGUUUGGCGGCGUGUGGGGCGGCGGGGAGCUGCGUGUGGCGGGGACUUUCCGCAAAGCCUUCCUGCUGGAGCCGGGUCGAGCCUCGCCCACUCCACCGUGCGCAGUGGGGCGGCCUGGCCGUGCCGGUGAAGGACAAGUGGUGCGGUGUGUUUGCCGAGUGCUGUGCCUUGCUGGGCUGCGACCGCGAGGGCCACGGGGAAGCUCGCCGCGCGUGGGACAGUGUCGCGGUGGCCCUCUCCUCGGGGCGGUGCCACGGCCCUCACGGCGCUUACGCUCAGAAGUGAUGAGUCAUGCUCAGACCUUGACCAUGGAAAGCCUUGAAAUAAUCCCGCUGUACAACGUGGAGCAUCUGGACAACCGAGGCUAUGAGCAGGUCAAGGCUUACCUCACAAAGGCGUGCGACACCGUCGUGCACCCUUUGGGCCGUCUCGUGGCCACGCUGGUGACCGUUUACCGUGCCACUUACGUGGGUGUGGGUGCCAACAAGCGGCUGCUGCCGCAGGCCGUGGAGGAGGUGCGCUCCUACGCGCAGCGCAUCUUCGGCAUUGUGCGGUCGAUGCGGUCACGCAGGUUCCUGUUUCCUGGGCUGCCAGAGGAGGGACAAUGCCUGAGGCUCCCCCAGGGUGAAUCAGCGAACCCUGAGACUGCAUUGGCAACCUGUGUGGAGGAGGCAGGGGAGACGGUGACGAGCCUGGGCCUGGUGCUGCCACUGCUGCUGCCGCGCCUCUACCCGCCGCUCUUCACGCUCUAUGCGCUGCACAACGAGCGGCCCGACGACGACUUCUGGGAGCGUGUGCGGAGACUUAACAAGCAGUCGGACACGGGGCUGCUUUCCUUCCUCGGGGUGCAGCAGAAAUUUUGGCCCCUGAGUGAGUCAAUGCUCACAGACAAUCAGCAUAGACUGUCGGAGCUGCGUGACGUCUGCUUCGCGGAAGCCGUCGAUUCACUCCAGCAAAUCAGCACAACGUUUACGCCGGAGGACAAGCUCUCCGUCAUCCAGCGCACUUUUGAGCAGAUCAACGGCGCGCUGCGCGGGGUGGUGCAGCCCGACUACGUGUGGUCCAUGGACGACCUCUUCCCUGUCUUCCUGUUCGUGGUCCUGCGUGCCAGGAUCAGGAAUCUGGGAUCAGAGAUCCAGCUGAUCGAGGAUUUGAUGGACCCCUUCUUGCAGCACGGGGAACAAGGCCUCAUGUUCACCACGCUCAAGGCUUGCUACCACCAGAUCCUCCGUGAGAAGCCGACUUGAGAAUGCUCUGCUUGCUUGUCACACUACCAUGGAGUCCCAGGGGACCGGCCUUGUGUGAAACGCCGGUGGAGACGUGGGCACACGCAGUGGAGACGACACCGGGAACAAUACGGCAGGGCCCCAACGCAAUGUUUCAUGUCACAGAGUGGUCAUCGAGCAUCAUCAAUAUAACUGAAUAAGGGCAGUUGUCCACUGUAGGUACUAUUUUCUUAAAUAUAUGUGUUGCUUUAAUAAAGAUGCGCGAUCUAAGGGCUUGUUAUACAGUGUUUGUACACAGAGCUUAAAUGGUGAUUUUGAAAGUUACCUUUUGGUGGUGAAGGAUAUUGACAGGAACAUAUAAGAUGGCAUUAUAUGCCAUGUCAUGUUACUGUCAUGGAUUUCCCUCGCUUAGAAUCGUGAUCAACAUUGCCGAACAUGGCUGUUCCCAUUGAAUGAUCAGAAGCACCAUUGUGCAGAAUAUAAGUAACAAUAAAUACACAGAUGUGCCCCCUUCACAUAUCUGUCCCCAGCACAUUCAAAAUAUUAAAUUGUGUUUAUCACAUCCCAUCGGCCACAUGGAAGGCUUUUUUUCAAAUGACCGAUUUUAAAAUUUAGAAUCUGAAACACAAUUACGCGGUGUGACGCUGACCAGGAACCUCAUGGCAGCGGUGAGGCUGCAGAAGCAGCAGCAGUGAGUGGGGGUGCGUGGCGACAAACCGGCCAGGUGCUUUCUGCAGCUCUGUGCCCACUGGGUCCUCCUGCUCCACAUUGCGCGUGGCCACUCGCAGGACACGGAGUGAAAGCGGCAAGCGAUGGGAAAAGCAGCGAUCCAUGUUGGAACCACUGAGCUUGCCUCCUCCUCCAGGCUUGACUCGGACGGUCCAAGAAUUGGCAUCUUGAAGUUGGCCAAACAUCCCAAUGUGGGACCACAGAGCUUGGGCAUUUGAUGUUGACAUCGGUUCUGGCUGCCUUUCCUGCUAUGCCUGUGGGUUUUCCCCUAUACCUCUAUCAUUCUCGCUUCCUCAAUGUGGGGAUAGACGAAUACUGUUUACGUAACAAGUUAGAUUCGAAGCUUUCGUGACUGCAGGAAUUACUCUUUGGUUCUUCGGUAAAGUCACGUACAAAAUAAAAUCAAAUAAUAACAAAAUACGACAUUUUGGUUGCAACACAAGCAACCAUCAUCAGGUAAGAAUGAAUGAUAAAACACAGACACGGGAACAGCAUAGGCAGACACAUGCAGAGUGUGUGAGCAAUGUUUGGGGUUUCCUCUGGAAAAGGUGGAGACCCUCACAGACACUCUUGUAGAUAACGAGAAGUUGGUACGCGCUGGCUUAGGGAACACUUCCACUUGGCUUUUAAUUAAAAAAUAAAGGAUUGUAUUAAUUUUAUAAGAGAAGUCUUGCACACUCGUGGAAAACUGAAAAAAUGGGUGGAAAUAAAACUCUAUAUUAGUGCCUUAUUACCAGAACACAGCGUUCAGAUUAUGGAGAUUGAAUUAAUUAAUGUUUUAACAGCUGCUGGAAAGCGACAGUGGUUACUUUUCUUGCCACUGUGGAACAAUGAUAGGUUUAGGCAGCUCCUCACCUCUGUUUUGUUGUGGCACCAGUUUGUGAUUCACAGCAUGCAGGAAAACACUCGAGUUCAACAAGGCCACUAUUGUGCUGUUGCAGUUGCAUAGUUAAGAUGUUCACGUUCUUGGGUCAUACGCAGCAUCUUCAGCUGAAUAUCGCUCCCCAGUUUAGUUUGACGCAUCAGCUCACAAGUCUCACCUGAACUUAUUGGAUUGACCUGUACAGUUUUGUCUACUUAUGACAUUGCUGACUAAGAGAUUUGCAUAGACCAAUAUAAAUAAGCAUCUCCCACCACAAAAUGUUUUAAAAGUAUUUUACACACAUCUAUUCACCCACAUGACCUUCUGGAAGUGCACAAUUUCAAAAGCAUUGGAUUAACACAAGCAAACGCUGGACCGGUAUUCAACAUUCAGUGUCUCAUCAACAGAGCCAAGUUUGCUUGAACCUAUGCUGGGGAACUGUCAGAUGUUUACAGGUAACGUUUAAUGUAAAACCAUACCAUAAAAUACAUGCCACAAACCGAUGAUGAGCGUCGUCACUUGCAUUCUCCGUACGACACGAAUUAUCUUGUGGUACAUGGACUAAUAAUUUAAGGUACAGUGGGGAGGUUUUUGUGAAUUCCCCAAUUCAUGAGAAAUACGUUUCAAUCAGUUUGGCAAAUUAGAUAUUUAAACAAUCUGUCACGAUCAUCUGAGGCGGAUCGAUAAACUUAGCAAGGGGAGGGAGCCGUCCCGACGUUUCAAAGUUUUUAAAUAGGGCCUUACAUUAACAACUAAACACAUUUGUAUUUGUUAAGUGUCAAAGUAAAAUUGUUGGUGUCUCAACACGUGAGCCCUCGCCGUGCGUUGUUUUAAAAGCCCAGGCACCCACUUCCCAUCGCGUAGUUCUCCAUCGCUGCAGAAAUGUAAAUGAAACUACUGUGAAUAUAAAUUGACCUAAGUUAUGUACAAGUAUGGAUCAUGUUUUAUUUCGCAUUGUUGGUUUUAAGAAUUGUACAGUUGUGUGCGGGAGGGGGGGGGGAUUCCGCUAAAAUGUUUACAAUAAAGACUUAAAUGUGGACUGAUAGGAAUACGGUGCUGCAUCGUAAUAACUGUAACAUGAUAUCACUGCGUUUUGUGGGUGUUACCAGUGAUGCAAUGGAGAUAUCGGUUUUUUCACUUAAAUGUCAAUGAAUACGUUAAUUUAUAUUAUUCUUACGAUUGUUUACCCAGGAGAGUCUCGCCGAGUGUCAACUUUUUCAGGGUGGUGCCAAAUGAUUGAAGUCGGGGCCAACGCGGCUGCUAUGGGUAAUACCAAUGGAACAAUUUGCGGGUAUUAUUUUUUCCUCAGAAUUGGGAUGUUUGGCCACCGGUUACAUAGCAUGGGUUUUUGUAAGCUUUGGCAGGAAAGCAGAGAAACCCAUGCUAAACCAGGGGGGAGAAUGCAGAUUCCACACAGGCUGCGUGAGUCAGGUGUCGAACCCUGGAUGCGCCGAGGUGCCACCCUGCAGCUUCACGUCUGUAGUUACUCGACCUGUGGUUUUCACUGCCAUGUCAGAAGUUGCCAUGUAUCGGAACCUCCAGGACAGUGAAGUAAACGUACCUAACCUCUUACAAGCAUUAAAGUAACCGUAAUUAAUACACGUUAACAUGCCUGAUUCGUUUUCAGAUAAAUAUGCAUAAAGGGGGUGGGGGGGGGUGAUUUGUCUCCGUGAAAUGUGUCAGGCCCAGCUUCUCUGUGAUUGGCCUCCCCUUUCUGUGACCUCUUUCCAAUCAAUAAAAUGUUAACGCGAAAUA